GAAAGGAAAACCUCUGAGCUGAAUAAAGAGAAAAAGUUAACAGAUAACCUUCUAUAUCAAAUGUUACCUAAAUCUGUGGCCGACCAAUUGAAAAGUAACAAAACAGUAGGAGCCGAAUCAUUUGACAAUGUUACCAUCUAUUUUAGUGAUAUUGUAGGGUUUACAACGAUAUCAGCCGAGAGUACGCCUAUGCAAAUAGUGGAAUUAUUAAAUAUGUUAUAUUCUACGUUUGAUGCUAGAAUAGACACAUAUGAUGUAUAUAAAAUUGAAACAAUCGGUGAUGCUUACAUGGUAGCUAGUGGUCUUCCAGAGCGUAAUGGUGAUAAGCAUGCAGAAGAGAUAGCAACAAUGUCUAUAGAUUUACUAACAGCAGUAAAACAAGUCAAAGUACCUAUACCAAUAGAACAUAACUGUUUGCAAAUGAGAAUUGGUAUUCAUACAGGACCUUGUGUUGCAGGUGUUGUCGGUAUAAAAAUGCCAAGAUAUUGUUUAUUUGGUGAUACAGUCAAUACAGCUUCUAGAAUGGAAUCAAACGGACUUCCAUUAAAGAUACAUUUGAGUAAAGACACGAGGGAUAUGUUAGUUUUAACUGGUAAAUAUAAUAUUAUUUCUCGAGGUGAAAUAAAUAUCAAGGGAAAGGGAACAAUGGAGACCUAUUGGUUAGAGGGUAGACUGGAU